AUGUCAGAAAUUGAAGAGGCAAUAAACAGGGUCAAAGGAAGAGUAAAAGGACUUUUAAUCACCGGGCCUGAUGGAAGCUCAGUAAGGUCAACUAUGACCAAAGCAGAAGAUGCAAAACUCACCGGUUAUAUCAAUCAGCUGGUAGAUAAGGCAAGAAGUGUGGUCAGAGACGUUGACCCAGCUAACGAUAUGACACUUUUAAGGUUUACUUUAAAAAGACAUGAAAUCCUUGUGGCGCCUGGGAAGAAUUUUAGGAUCAUUGUUCUUCAAGAAAUCAAUAAGUCAGAAGAAGGAGCCAAGCCUACCUAG